UUUGCAGGAGUUAUGGAUGCAUAUGAUAUCUUCAAGAAGCUUAGUAAAGGAGCUCACUUUGACUUCAAACGCUUCAGGAAUGAUGCUGUCAAGCUUAAGAUGAUACCAGACUGGCCAAAGCCACCCCUGGCAUCAGCAGCUGCAACCUCUAAAGAGAUAGAAGAUGAGGGAGAAUCAAAGGACCCAGUUCCUAGUGAUGCAUCUGAUACCAGUCUUUCAUUGGGAGAGGACGAUAGUGGACUUGAGGAUGAGAGUGCAAAUGACUUAGAGGGAGAAGAAGAAGAGAGAGAGGAAGGAACUAGAGUGAGACUCUUGGGUGAUCUUGUGGCCGAUGAUGGCGACAGAAAGAAAAGAAAAAGGAAGAUCAAAGUCCAAGGACCCGAGCACGCAGCGGCGAUGCAUCGAGAGCAGGUGAACAGACUGAAGAAUAUCCACCGCAUCCACGCGUGGGGGUCGGACAUCCCCGAGCCGAUACGGACGUUCGAGGACCUCGGGUCUCACGGCAUCCACGAACUCGUGAUACGAAACAUCACCAAGAUGGGAUAUGAAUCUCCCACUCCCAUUCAGAUGCAAGCCAUCCCUCUCCUUGCUCAGAGGAGGGAAUUGCUGGCCUGUGCCCCAACUGGUUCAGGGAAGACAGCAGCAUUUCUGGUUCCAGUCCUCAGUCACCUCAAAGGACCCGAGAAGAGGGGGUUUCGGGCCGUCAUCGUUGCCCCCACCAGGGAACUCGCUGGGCAGAUUUAUAGGGAGGCCUUAAACUUGGCUGAAGGAUUGAGGCUGAAGAUCCACAUCAUUGAAAAGAUCAGCAAAGCCAUGAAGAAGUUUGGGCCCAAGACAGCUGGAAAAUAUGACCUGUUGGUGACCACUCCAAAUCGGCUGGUGUACCUGCUGAAGCAGGAGCCUCCUGUCCUUUCCCUUGCAAACGUGGAAUGGCUGAUCGUGGACGAGUCGGACAAGCUGUUCGAGGCCGGGCAGCGAGGAUUCCGGGAUCAGCUGGCCGUGAUUUACAACGCGUGCGGGGAUUCCAGCAAGGCACGAAGGGCUCUCUUCAGUGCCACGUUCGCCUUUGAGGUUCAGGAAUGGUGCAAACUCAAUCUGGACAAUCUCGCCAUGGUCAGCAUAGGGGCCAGAAAUGCAGCUGUGGAUACAGUAGACCAGGAGUUGGUCUAUGUGGGGAACGAGCACGGGAAGCUCGUCGCCUUCCGGGACCUCGUCCGCAAGGGUCUCACACCUCCAGUCCUGGUAUUUGUUCAGAGCAAGGAGCGGGCAAGAGAACUCUUCCACGAGCUCAUCUACGAUGGCAUCAACGUCGAUGUCAUCCAUUCCGACCGCUCCAAACUCCAGAGGGACAACGUGGUGAAGGGGUUCCGUAGGGGCAGGAUCUGGGUCCUCAUCUGCACCGAAUUGAUGGGCCGUGGGAUGGACUUCAAAGGCGUGAACCUGGUCGUCAAUUACGACUUCCCGCCCUCCUCCAUCUCCUACAUCCAUCGCAUCGGUCGGACGGGUCGUGCCGGGCGGCAGGGCAAGGCCAUCACUUUCUUCACGGAAGAAGAUAAGGCCAACCUCAGAACGAUCGCCCAGGUGGUGAAGGACUCGGGGUGCGAGGUCCCCGACUACAUGCUGCGACUGAAGAAGCCGACGAAGAAGGAGAAGAGGAGCCUGGAACGCCGAGCGCCCAAGCGGGAGCCGAUCUCGACCGUCACGAGAUACGACAAGGAGAGGAAACUCAAGCGAAUGUAAGAUCCUCCCAAACGAAUCCCUCUUUUUCCAGGUGAAUUUUGGCAAAUUUUGCAACCGAGGAACGUCCUGUGUCUGCAGGAGAGCCGUCGAGAAGAGCCGAGCUGCGAAACGCAAGAAACUCCAGGACUCGCCUCAGGCUUCUUGAUGUGAUUUUUUUUCAAUAAAAUUGUCGAAAUGCCA